AUGGGGUCUCCCUCCCAAGAUGACCUAAAGAUUCUUAAGAGCACACCGAAUUCUCAAGCAAUUUACUGGACAGAUUACUUCCCCGAGGGCGUUUGUUCGUCCUUGGAUGAGUCUGGUGGCUCCUUAGUAGGUGACCGACAGCUGGAUGACAUUACUAUGGACUCUAAGAUUCUGCAGAAGAGUGGACUCGAUGAGGGAAUCGACAACACACUCCUGACUGACGCCGUGUUUGUUCCCUGCCUUGCUUCCAGCCUCGCCUGCAACGGCGCUCUACACGUCCUAGACGACACUAGGGCUUGUCUAUCCAUGUCAAGGAUGCUGUCAGGCCUGAAUGAGCAGCGAACCAAGGCACUCUUAAUUGGCAUCUGUUACAGACGUAGAAACGUCCCGACCUCGGCUGAAACAGCAUCUUCAAUCUCUGGUCAUACAAUACUUGCCGAAAGCUAUGAGACAUCGGCCCUCACAUCCACUUCCUACGCAAAUACGAUCUAUGUGGGUGAAAGAUUGUCGUGGGUUGCACUGGAUGGCCCUUGGAGAGACAUUGAAAGCAUUGAAUCGUAUCUGAGGAAGAAUUGCCCGUACCGCGAAGUACGCAAGUUGUCGGACGAGAUGGAGCCCGGGCAGGUUUCUCGCGAGAAUAUUAUAACGCAACUGAAGUGGCUCGUAGAGGGUGCUCAAGAAGGCGACCGGCUUCUUCUGCACUAUUCAGGACAUGGGUAUCAGCGUCCGACCCGGAGUUCAACAGAGGAUGACUUUUUCGACGAGACGAUUGUACCCGAAGAUUGUCCCUAUCCAGAUGCCCUGGAUGGCAAGGUUAAGGAGGAAUGCCCGGUCGACUGUCAAUGUCCACCAGGUGCAACGUAUUGCUGGAAAAGGUCAUACAAUGGCAUGAUCCGAGACAAUGAGCUUCGUGAUCUUCUCGUCAAGAGCCUCCCAAAAGGUGUCAAGUUGUUGGCAAUGUUUGACUGCUGUCACUCCGGGACAAUGGUGGACUUGCAAUACCAGUACAAGCAUCGGCCCAACAGAAAGAAGAAUCGGCUCCGUAAAUACCAGGUUCGACCAGUCGAAGGGACAGAAAACAAGCUUGCACCCAAUAGCAUCCAAGCCCUCAUCCUCACCCACUCUUUCACUUCUGCCGCGGUUGCCUUGGAAGCUGGUGUUGGUAGCCCGACCGGCUCUGGGGAUCUUUCACCGGGUAGUCCACCGCACUUUUUCAGCGACCGCCCACUAUGCACUACACCCAUAGACGACAGUCCACCGAAGCUAGGACUACACCGGAGGCUCAGUCAGGCAAUGCACGAACGUCAUAGCGAGUAUCAAAAGGCAGACGCUGGUGGUAGAGUGAUGGUUAUUUCUGCGUGCUGCGACGAUCAAGAAAUCUUCGAACUAAAAAAUCAGCAUGAGAAUUAUCCAACCUAUUACACUACCAGCGGACUUCUCACGUUUUCUCUCCUCCAAGUCCUUAAUCGUACCCCUCAACCGCGGCGACACCAAUUGAUUAAGGAAAUGACGGAGAUAUUCAAGGUGAAGCAUAGGGAAAGAAUAGAGCAACUGAAGCGGGAACAAAUUGCAUACAACAAUCAUUACGCCGAGUAUCAACGAGCCCUGGCGUCAAACCAAAGCUAUCCGACGGAUGUGCUUACCGCAGAGUAUCAGAAGUAUAUGGAUUAUGAAAAGGCACUGAAAUCGAGUAAGCUGAGUGUCCCAAUCUUAUCCAGCAACUAUGACAUCAAGCUCAACGGCACCUUCAAACUAUGA